AUGAGAAAUUUUUGUGCCAAUGAAAGUCUUUUGGCGUUUAACUUGUUGAGGGAGACUGGAGACUUUAUGGAUGUACGGUUUCGUCGUUCAAAUUUUAUCUUUUUGUUCGAGCAAAUUCAAUGUCUGAUCUUUCCAAAUCUCACAGCUGUUCUCACCACCGGUUAA